AUGUCCUCGUCGUCCCUGCAUGAUGAUGGCUCUGAGCCAAAAUCAGGCCGUCAUAUUGGCAAGGUCAUCACGGAUAACCCCAUUCGAUCGCCGCUCGACAGGCGCUCUUACUGUCUAGAAGAGCUCCAAAAUGGGCUCAAGGUCCAGUGGAUUCAUAGUCCCGGGGCUGAGGAGUCCAUCGUGGUGAUGGACGUCGAGUCUGGGUUCCUCAACGACGGUGAAGUGGAGGGUAUUGGACAUGCCUUGGAGCAUUUUCUCAUGAUGGGAUCUGAAAAGUACCCGCGCAGGGACGAACUCGACGAACGCGUUACCAAGCACGGUGGUUUUAAGAAUGCAACGACUGUGCAGGACGUCACCCAGUUCUUCUUCUGGAUCAAUACCGACGCGGCCGACCAAGAGGCCGGCGCCAAAUUGAACGAGGUUUUAGAUGUCUUCCUCCAUAUUUUCAUCGACCCCACUUUCAAUCCCGACACGGUCGAGCGUGAGCUCAGCGCGAUCGACGGCGAAUUUGAGCACCAGGUACGACACGACGCGAACAGGGUUCAACAAUUGGAGCAAUUGCUGUCCAACCCUGAACAUCCAAUGUCCGGGACGUUCCAAUUCGGGAAUCGCAAGUCGUUGGGGGACCCGGCGGAGCUUCUCCCAAAGGUAAUUGAGCACUACAACAAGCACUACUGCGCAGGCCUCAUGCGGUGCGUCAUACUCUCUCCGCUGCCCAUCCAAGACUUGCGGGACAAUUUCGCGGCCACCCUGGGCGAGAUCCCCAACAGAGGGCUUAGUAAAAAGGUCUGGGACACUAUCCCUCGCUACCUCGAAAAGGACAUGGGCACGGAGACGUUUGUGGAGCCUGUUGCGGAUAUGGAUUAUCUGUUCAUCGACUUUCACUUCCCCGGACACGAAGAUUGCGGAUACUCGGCCAGAGGGGGUCACGCAGUCGAUCUCCUGACGCAGAUGGCAGAGGGAAGCCUUUACGACGUGCUCCACAGGAAACAGUUGAUCCACAGUCUCGGCGCCACCACGUCGUACGAUACCGGCUAUAGAAUGAUCGCGAUUUAUAUACAUCUGACAACAACCGGGGCCAAGAAGUACCAAGACGUGGUCCAGGAAGUAUUCCACAUGAUCGCCCGCAUGAAGGCCGAGGGUCCGCAGCAGGAACGGGUCGAAGAGCAGACGAGGCUCGAGCACAUCAACUUUUGCACCACCCAAACCUCUAACCAGGCCCUCGCCCUGGAUGUGGCCAAUAACAUGACGGAGUCAUACAUCCAUCCCGAGAACCUUAUUUAUGGCAGCAACCAAAUCUCGAUCGCGAGCCAAUUUGACGCCGACGAUAUCGUCAAGAACCUGAGCCUGCUGCAGCCUGGAAACAUGCGCCUCACGCUCCUCUCGACCGAGUACAAGGACCUAGCCACCGAGGAAGAGAAAUGGUAUGGGACGAAGUGGGCGACCCGUAAGAUAUCGCCCGAUGACAUGGCCAGGUAUUCUACCGCCGCCGGUCUAUCCCUCGACCAGCUGCCCCCGGAGCCCAAACUGCCGCCGCCGAACCGGUUCAUCACCAAGCACGACUACGAGAGCGAACUUCUCGGGCCGCAGCGGGGUAAGCCGGCGCAAGCACCGGGGACCGCCGAGGAGGAGAAGCGGGGGCGCCCGCCGCCCAGGGCCCUGCAGACGGGCGAGAACGACAUUUGGUAUACACCGGGCCAGGGGCUGUGGGUCGAACCCCGGAUCAAGAUCAACAUGCGCAUCCGACCCGACAAUGUCUAUGCCGACCCAAAAAGCAGUAUAAAAACGGGUAUAUUCAUGGAAUCCGCCGACCGCGCCGGGACCGCCCUUCGCGACCAGUUCAACAAGGCAGGCAUGAGGUGUGGCGCCGGCAAGUCGGACGACAGCCUCACGUUUUCGGCCACCGGUUUCAAGGACGUGCUCCGGCCCAUGCUGGAAGAGUUCUUCCAGGCCUUGCGGCACCACGAGCCGACGGAAGCCGACUUCGACGCAGUCAAAGAAGUUUACUUCCAGACGUUUCGGAAUGCAAAGCUCGAAAACCCGUCGAGCCACAGCGACCGCCAUCUCCACUGGCUCACCACCGAACAUGACUUUUCGGCCGAGCAAAAAGAAGCGGCACUGGAAGCCACCACGUUCGACGAUGUGCGGGAGUGGGGAACCAAGAUCUUCAACACGACGCAAUUCCAGUUCCUCGUCAGCGGCGACGUCACCGAGGCCGAGGCGAGAGAACUAUGGCCCUUCUGCCGGGAAAAGCUGGAACUCAGGUGGCGAUCCGGAGGGGAGCCACCGCGGCGCCGAGCGCGGCUGCCGACGUCGGGCCGCAUCAACCUAUUCCAGCGGGCCAUGUUCGACCCGGAGAACGAGAACAGCCAUGUGAAUGCCGUCAUCUUCCUGGGCGCCAGCCGCCGGGCCGAGCAUGUCGCUGCCCCGCUGCUCCUGGUCCAGAUUCUCAAGACAAAAGCGUUCGACAAGCUGCGCACGGAGCACGGCCUGGGGUAUAGCGUCGGCAUGGUCACCGAUACCGGCCCUCAACAGUCGGCCCUCAGUGUCUACGUCGAGUGUCCCAAACACUCGUGCCUGGAGGCGGCCCGAUUCAUGCUCGAAUUCAUCCAAGAGGCCCCCGGCAUGGUGGAACAGCUCAGCCCCGAGCAGAUUGAAGAGUACACAGAGGCCUGCACGAAGCACAUCGACACAGAGAUCAGAACGCUCGAUGAAUACCAAUUGUGGGCGUGGGGAUGCAUCGACUCGCGAACGUACGGCUUCCACAGACACAAGCGCUUUGUCGACGAACUGCGAAAAGUCACAAAGGAGCAGCUGGUCGACCUGGCCCGGCAGAUGCACCCCUCGUUCCCCGAGGGCACCCAGCUCUGGCUCUUCAUGGAGGCCAAGAAGCGGGAGACGGCCAAAGGGAAUCCGGCCUACAUCGACCUGUUCCCCGAGGGCAGAAAUGUCGCAUUCGUGACUGACGUGGCCGACUUUCCCGACCUGAGCGCCCCAGAGGAGGCCGAGGAGAGUCCGGAGGAUUUUCUUGUCGAGUCUGGGGGACUUUUGACCAGUCAAUCGUGA